GUAUGAUACAGUUAUAAUAUUAGGUCCUUACUCCUACCUAAUAUAACUUAGCCGGAGUCACCGUAUAACCAUGAGUAAAUUUUAUGAGCUGAAUAUAUGUUUAUUUUUUUUUUAUCAAGUUCACGCUGAUCUAUCGAAACUGCCUCGUUACGUGGUUGAACCAGACGUGAAGCCGGCUAUAUUCGGAUCUUAUAGUUAUGAUGUGAUAAAAGGAGAUUUCGUACUGCCAAAUAGCACAACAACGGACAUUAGCUUAACCGAUAUCAUUUUCAACAACACUUCGCCGUCAUCAGUGCAAGAUGAUAAUUUCAGGAAGCAUGUAGCAGUUACCGAAACUAUUAAAUCAUUGAACUGGUGGACACAUGCAAAAUUAUUUUUAAGCAAUUCCACUCAUAAAUUUCGAACCAAUCAAACAAAAGUAAAUUAAUUUGUAAUAUAUAAUCUAAUAAAAACAUGCCCUUUUUGAUUUGAA